GGGAACGCACACACAGUCGAUCUCCCAGAAAAACGCGACGGGUCAAGCGCAACACUUAAACAAAAUUCGGUCGUUCAUGCACUUUUAUAAUUGCCACAAAAAUAUAUUCCGAAAAUAAAUCAGUGAACCCAAUUUUUUUGUUGUUAAAAAACAUCAGUGCUUUAAACGAAAACCUAUUAACGAAAAGCACCCACUACAAGUCGGAAUCGAAGCCAGACAAAGAAGAUGCUCAAGUGGGCCGUCAACCAGCCGCGACCCUCGUACUUGGCCAAGGAUGAGGUGGUGGCCACCAGCGAUUUGGUUGGCUCCAGCUACAGCGAGUUCCACGCCCUGCGCGGCAAGCUCAAGAUGAGGAGGAGUAUGGGUUUGGCCCAGGGCAAGGAGAACCAGCUGACCUCCACUCCGCUGCCGGCAGCCUGCACCCGCACGCCGCUGCUCAAGGAUCUCAGCAACAUCCUGGCCACUCCGCCAUCUGGAGGAGCAGCCUCUGGAGCUGCAUGCCAACCCCCCAAGUUCGCCUGCACCCUGCCCACCUUCGAGGCGGAGUACUCGCCCAACGCCGCCGUCAUCCCUGGCUCCCUGAUCGCCCUGCGCGGCGUGGGCAUCCCGGACAGCUACUUCGAGAAGCCACGCUACCUGGAGCAGAAGCCACUGCCUCAACCAGCUCCUCCUGCCACCGCCUGCCAACAGACCACACUCAGCUCCAGCCAGAUGGGCGAUGUGACCCUGGAGCGCAUGAUCGAUGCCAUCCUGGAGAGCAACCGCAAGGUGCCGCAUCUGCGCCAGCCCAGGCAGCAUCUCCGCCAGCGGCACAGGCAGCAGGUGCUCCGGAACAGCCACGCCCAGGUGCAGACCCACUCGCCCACCUACCGCCCCGCCUUCGAUCCGGCAAGCGAUCUGUGCGAGUACUGGAAGUCGCCCUCGCGGAGGGAUUCCCUGCCAGCCGAUGGCUUCGAGGAGCGGGAGGUGCGCUCCCCACUGCCACUGCCCACUAAUGCCAAUGCCAAUGCCAUCCAAUCCCAGGGCAAGCGGCACUCCCUGCAGCUUCGCAGGCAGCGGGUGGUGCGGCGCAAGCGAAAGAUCACCACCAAGAUCUCCUCCAGCGUCAGGCAGUCGGCGCAGAAACUGCUGGCCGCGGCCAGGUCCGGAUCGGGAUCGGGAACCGGAAACAUAGCAGUUCCCCCUCAGAAGAUACGGCACAUUAGCCCGGACAGUGGUCACAACUCCACCAGCGACUGUGAGCUGGAGGAGGAGCACUGCCAGCUCACGAGAGGAUUGGGUGACGAGGAAAUGGAGGUCGCCUGCCAGCUGGAUGGCAUGUGGAUGCAGGCGCAGGCGCAGGCCAGAGAUGCCACCAAGAGACGACUCAGCUUCUCCCUGGCGGACCAUAGCUAAUCCUCAAGGAUAUUCCUACUCUUUUUUUUUUAAACAACAUAUUUUUUUUCAUAGUCAUAAGAGUGUUUUUUGGUCGGAAUAAAUCAUUUUUGAAUGCAAAA